AUGAUGCUCACCCAGCGCUUCCGGCGGACACUUAACCGCGGUGCGUUUAAUGUCCACUCGAUUGGUUCACAGCGCAAGCAGCACGAGACGCUUCCCAGCGACCUGGAACGCUACAAGCUCGACAUCCUCGGGCUUCAGGAGACACGCAUCAACUACCAGAGCGAGCAGAAAAUCAGACAGUACUACCUGCUGACACUGCCGUCCAGCAACAUCCACCACUGCAUCGGUUUCGCUAUAGCCCCGCAUCUACGCAAGUUCCUACACAAGUACUGGGCCCAGUCUAAUCGUGUCGGUGUCCUCCAGCUGCACCUCCCAAUGGCGCAGCGCAUCAACGGUAUCACGGUCUUCUCUCCCCACAGUGCGUGGGAUCUGGAGUACGUGGAAAGCUUCUACGAAGACUUGCAUGCCGCAAUGGACCAGCUCCCACGCCGAGACACCACGUUCGUACUUGGUGACUUUAACGCUAAGCUCGGUCGUCGCCGCGAAGACGAAGUCUUCAUGGGUAACUGGGGACGCGGCCGGCGUAACCGCAAUGGCCAUACCGACCACAGUAUUUUCAACCAGAUCGAUUACAUCCUGUGCGAUCAGCAUCAUCGACCGCUCUGUCGGAACGCUCAGUCGUGGGGAGGCUUCAAGACGCCGUCAGAUCACAAGCUUGUGACGCUGGACUUCGAGAUUGGCUCCAUUGCUAGGCUUCGCCGCGCGAGAUCCGCGGCACCCAUGACGGAGCAGACAACUCGCCUGGCGACUCACAGCAUGGUACACGACCGUUGUCAACGCGCCAACUACAGCCGGCUCGUCGCUCAGUACCAGCAAGAAUCGGCGGUGCCCAAGAAUGCGACUAACCACGAGAGAUGGGAAGCCAUAUUCCGUGCGGCCCUCGCGGCAGCAAAGGGCUCAAUAGGCUAUCUACCGUAUGUGCCUCGUGCUCGCAUCGCACACCCUCAGCUGGAUCGGCUGACAGCCGAACAGCAACGACUCCGCCAUCUCAUCUCGGACGACCAUACUAAAUAUGUCAUGCACCUUCGCAACCAACGGAACCAGCUACUACAUCGCGUUCGGGCGCACAGCAAACAACUUGCCAACGCCAUCAUCGACGCCCAAGUGACCAAGAUCGAACAGUUCAGUGCCUCCACCAAGAUAUUCGACCUCAAUAAGGCGCGCGCAGGGCGCAUAAUCAAUCAGCACUUCCAAACGCAGUUCGUGGACCCGACCAAGUCGCCAGUCCAACCGGAUCCAAGCCCGCGGGCUCUACGUAACCCAAUCACCGCGACCGAGCUCUACAUCGCCUUCAGCCGCCUUCGUAAUGGUCGAGCGGUUGGCCCUGAUGCCAUUCCAGCGGAACUUCUGAUGUAUGGCGCGGCCACCCUGGCCGCACCACUCGCCGACACUCUGAAUCACGGACUCCAAACAGGAGACGACAUCCAUCACAUUCGGAAAGCGAUCUCGCUCGUUGUGCUCCAGCGCAUCACUCUGACGCUGCGCGCGCUCAACGCUACGAAAAGCGAUUCUACAUCCUCGGCAUUGAUCUGUCCCGCGCUUUUGACACUGUUCAUCCUAUCCGUGCUGAAAGACUUCCUCGACGACGAUGAAAUCCGCCUCAUUCGCCUACUACUUCAACGAACUACACUCUCGCUCCGUACUGGCCGCCACACGCUCGACCCCUUUGAGAAUAUCACAGAAGCCGCACUACGAGAUGAGGCUGCUCAGCUCGACGUACCCCAUCAAGUUCUCAAGGACACGAUCGUAGAUGCAGACGAUGCUGAUUUCGUCUGCCCCGACCCCGCCAAUGCUGACAAGAUCCACGCUGAAGCGCGUGCAAUCCUGGCUCGAUGGUCCCUCGUCAUGAACACGUCGAAGACCGAAUACACGACCGUGCACCGCCUCCACGAAUCGCACCGACCGCGCCAAAGACGUUUCGCGCAGGAAGAGCCUCGCCACAGCAGCUCUCCAACAUAUGUGGAAGGUUUGGACUCGGUCAUCGCUGAGCUCGGAAGCCACGCGUUUGCGGCUUUACCAUUGCUACGUGCUUCCUAUCCUGUUAUACAACUGCGGUACUUGGGCGCUGACGAGGACGGAACUAAAGGUUUCCACCGCCGCCAACUACGCAAGGACAUCGGCGUGACAUAUCCCGACGUCAUCUCCACCGACGAUCUCUACGAGCGUACUGGAACGGAGCCGCUCCCAUACUGCCUCCUCGAGCACCGCUGGACACUACUCGGACAGAUCCUUCGGCUCUCAAUGACGAUUCCAGACUUACCCACCUAUCGCCACAUGGAGGCCUUCUUUGCGCCAAGCCAGAACCUCAAGUUUCGAGGCCGCAACGCACCACACUUCCCUUUGUCCUCGAUGCCGACCUCCGAACCCUUCCCGACAACUAUCGCCUCCGACGAGCUGCUGACCUUUACCUACUGCAAUGCCACGCACAAGACCCGAAAGAGGGGAGACGGCUAA